AUGACGGCCGAGUCCUCUAUUGCAGGGACCACGUCGGACGAAUUUAGCGACUACGAAGACUCACAACCUAUAGUCGAAAUAAAGGAGCGCCCUUUUAAAAAAAUCAAGAAGCCAAAGACAGAGCUCCAACGAAAGCUUCAGCAAGUGUACGACAAGAAGAGUCGAAACAACAAGCGGGCGAGGCAUCAUGCGAUGAGCGGAUCAUUUGUCCCAGUGCUCAAGGAAUUUGUGGAAUUAGUUCAUUACCGCAUCAUGAAGACAGAAAAUCAAAUUAACUUGCUGUGCCUUGCCAAGAAAGCAGGUUCAAGUAUAUCAAAUAAUGUCACGGCUCAGCGGCAGCUGGAUUUGAACCAUGGAGCUCUAAAAUGCAUUCAGUCAACUGCUGAGGAUUGGCGAAAGCGGAAGAGCGGAGAAUCGGGUAGAUGCUUUUUGAAGAAUCUAAGCAUUGAGAUUCAGCUUUUACUGGAGAACCUACAGACACUUGGUGAUCAGCUAAGAGUAGCAACGAACGAGCUACAAUGGCGAUUAGAGGACACGACCAUUGGUGUGUGGGUUUGA